AGUGAAACUACCUUGCGCGACGGACCGGUCGUGGCCCAUGCUAGCGACUUGCACUCGAUGUUUAUUAGUACAAGAUGACUUUAAAUAUAUUGUUCGUGCUGUUUAUACCGUUAGUUAUAAUAGUUGCUGCACAAAAAUCGCAACAAUCAGCUCAGGCACUGUCAUGUCCGUCGUUGGACAAUGGCGAUAACUACACCCAGUCGGAGUUCCUGUCGCGGCUGGCCAACGAGUGCCGCUACGACCGGCUCCUGCUGCCAACCUAUCUGACCGGUGAAGUGGUCUACGUUCACGCCAGUGCUUAUGUGUACUUCAUACAACCCGCUGAAGCGCAUGACCUGAAUUUCAAGUUGCAUUUCCUGCUCCAACUUCGUUGGACUGAUCGACGGUUAGCAUAUGACUUAUAUUCACCGGAAAGAUCUAAAAUAAUUGGUGAAAGCGACUUGCGGCAACGCGUUUGGGUGCCACAUCUUUAUAUGUCUAACGAGCAGUCUUCGAGCCUGAUGGGUACUGAUAGCAAAGAUGUCCUUAUCUCUAUAGCACCCGAUGGAGAAGUUAUGUUUAGCCGUCGUAUGCAAGCAGUUUUAUACUGUUGGAUGAAUUUGCAAAAGUUCCCUUUCGACGAUCAGACAUGUUCAAUGAACCUAGAAAGUUGGAAAUAUAACGCGUCCUUUUUGCGACUCAUGUGGGAGAGGGACAAUCCUGUCCGCUUGUCCUCGGAAUUGCACUUGACCGAAUACUCACUCAUCGAUUACUGGACCAAUGAAUCAGUCGUACGGGGGGAUAUUGUAAACAUGCACUUGGGCGGAGGUAGAUCUGGGGAUUACAGCGCCCUCAAGUUCACAUUCAAACUGGGUAGAGAGGUGGGUUACUACCUCAUGGAUUACUUUAUACCUUCCAUGAUGAUAGUCGCUAUGUCAUGGGUCACAUUUUGGCUUCAAGCAGAUGCAUCUGCUCCCAGAGUCACAUUAGGUACAGCUACUAUGUUAUCCUUCAUAACUUUGGCGUCUUCUCAAGCGAAAACGCUUCCUAAAGUAUCGUAUAUAAAGGCCAGUGAAAUCUGGUUUCUGGCGUGCACUGGAUUCAUCUUCUCAGCUCUCGUGGAGUUCGCUUUCGUUAACACGAUUUGGCGCAGGAAGAAAGUGGUCAAUUUGAAAAAGGUCAACAGUAAAUAUAUAUUGAAGAGCACUCUAACGCCACGGCUCGCUCGCAAAGAGAUGCAGAAGGAGCUGCAAAAUUCAUCACCACAACUUACCAAAUCGAGAUCCUGCUCAUCGCUGAACCAAAACCACAGCACGGACCCGGCAGGACCUGCCUACAACAACUACCUUACAGUCCACAGUUUCCCUUCGACAUUGAAUCUACCAACCAUAACGACUCAGAGCUUCGACGACCUGAUCACGAGUCAGGGCAUGAACAAGCAGCACCACGACGACAGCGAAGACUCGGAGCCACCGACGCACCACACGUGGACCACCAUGACGCCGCAGGAGAUCGCCACGUGGAUAGACAAACGCUCCCGGGUCAUGUUCCCGUUGCUCUUCAUCUUCUUCAACAUCAUAUACUGGACUUUCGUUUAUUGUCUGUAGUUACGCAAUAAAACCCAGUGACUACCGUGUGAUUCGUCUAUGAUUCACACUAUAGCUGUUGACAAAUCACUGGGGAAACAUCGUGUGCAAGGAAAACGUGCAAAGAUUGAAAAAUAAAUAAUUUCUUGUUCUUGAAUAUUUUAUCUAGCAAAGU